UACUCCGUUGGUUCCGGUCCAUACUCAGAUGUUGUUUCACACAUUUUUGUUAAGAUGACAGAGUUAGAGCUAUAGCUAGAAAUGUUACUCAUGAAAACGGCACAGAUUUCUUUUAAAUAGCAGUCUCUUAAAUGACGGGCUUUAGGACCCACCCGCUGAAGGCAGCUCGGACAACAGGAAUAUUAUGGCUGGUUUUACCUGAGAGCGUCGUGGAGCGCCUUUAACAAUAAUAACCCAUGGUGAGACAGAACCGGGGUCAGUGAUCGGACCGGACCCGCUCAGCAGGGAGCUCGGCCGCUGAUGGAGCACAUCCGGCUACCGAAGGUAGAGAAUGUCCGGCUGCUGGACAGACUGUCCCCCAGGAGGAGCAGGGUGGGCACCCUCUACCUGACAGCCACCCACAGCAUCUUCGUGGAGAGCGAGGCAGGAGGCCGCAGUGAAACCUGGGUGCUUCACAGCUUGGUGUGCAGCGUGGACAAGCAGGCCGCCGGCGCCUCGGGGUGUCCGCUGCUCAUCCGAUGCAAGAACUUCCAGAUUCUCCAUUUCAGCAUUCCCAGAGAGCAGGACUGCCAAGACGUCCACCUGUCCCUGCAGCGGCUCUCCCAGCCAGAGCGAUACGAGGAGCUGUACUGCUUCUCCUACAAGCCGAACAUCCACGAGGAGGAGAGGCGACGGGAAUGGGCCUUUGUGGACCUCAAGGCCGAUUUCCGCCGCAUGGGACUUCCGAACUCCCAGUGGAAACUCUCCCUGGUCAACCAGCACUACAAGGUGAGCGACACUUACCCCGCCGAGCUGUUUGUACCCGAGUCCGCCGCCCCCCCGGUUCUGGUGGGCAGCUCCAAGUUCAGAAGCAGAGGCAGAUUCCCCGCCCUGUCAUAUUACUCCAAAGAAAACCAUGCUGCCAUCUGCCGCAGCAGCCAGCCUCUGUCCGGCUUCAGCGCUCGCUGCCUGGAGGACGAGCAGAUGCUGGAGGCCAUCCUGAGGUCCAAUCCCCGCAGCGACUUCAUGUACGUGGUGGACACCAGGCCUAAGCUGAAUGCCAUCGCGAACAGAGCUGCGGGAAAAGGCUACGAGAACGAAGAUAACUACUCCAACAUAAAAUUCCAGUUCAUGGGCAUUGAAAACAUCCACGUCAUGAGAAACAGCCAACAGAAAAUGCUGGAAGUAUGUGAGCUUCGUUCCCCCUCCAUGUCCGACUUCCUGGAGGGUUUGGAGAGCUCAGGCUGGCUGAAGCACAUCAAAGCUGUUUUGGAUACCGGCGUGUUCAUCUCCAAGGCUGUUGCCGAAGGCGUCAGUGUCCUGGUUCACUGUUCAGACGGGUGGGACCGUACUGCCCAGGUGUGUUCAGUGGCCUGUGUGCUGCUGGACCCCUACUACAGGACCCUAAAAGGACUGAUGGUCCUGAUUGAAAAAGACUGGAUCUCAUUUGGACACAAGUUCACGCAGAGAUGCAACCACUUGGUUAGGGAUCCCAAAGAGGUGUCUCCAAUCAUCGAUCAGUUCCUGGAGUGUGUGUGGCAGCUGAUGGAGCAGUUUCCCUGUGCCUUUGAAUACAACGAGAAGCUCCUGAUCACUGUUCACAACCACAUCUACUCCUGCCAGUUUGGAAACUUCAUUGGCAACAACCAGCGGGAGAGGAGAGAGCUUAGAGUGCAUGAGAAGACUCACUCUUUGUGGAGCUAUCUUUGGACGAACCGUGCAGAGUUCAUCAGCCCCCUGUACAGACAGAAUCACAGCCAGUCUCAGGGACUCCUCCGGCCCUCUACUGCCCCCUACUGUUUUAAAUUUUGGAGAGGGCUAUACAACCGCUUUGACCAAGGGAUGCACCCCCGACAGUCCGUGGAGGAUUACCUGAGGGUCAUCCAAGAAGAGACGCAUCAGCUUGAGGAACAGCUGGAUUCCCACAAGCAGAAAAUAGCCCAGCUGGAGCAGGAGCAGGAGCAGGAUCAGGAGCAGGUGUGGAAUGAUGCCUGCACUGCAGCCACCUUUGAUAAGAGCCCAACAGUAUGGGCUCUUGGGAAGGACCUUGCGAUGGCCAACACUCCUCAAGACUACACCGGUGGCUUCAUCGCCAGCAGCCCCCGCACACCCAAAGCUCCAGACAGUCCGCUGAUCCUCGCGCCGCAGGAUUCAAACCAAAAGGCUGACCCAAACCUAUCCAACGGCAGUGACCAGGAGUCUGGGAUCGCAGACCUGAGCUGCCGCUCCCCUCUCAGUGAGGACAGCACCAGGGACCCGGACUCAGAUGAGGCAGCUUACUCCGCUGCCUGAGCAAAUGUAGCACGCCGACUUCGCAAUGCUGAAUUAAGACCACAUCAAAAAAAAUGUUUAAUCAGUUAUCAGAUGGUGGCUUAUCUACCUUGCAUUUUAGUUUACACGUUGUGGAGAACUCUAGUUUCUACAUACCCAAAGCUCUUGCCGAGUCCCUCGUCUACUUAUAUAGACCCUGUGGUUGUAGAAGGGACAUCGCUAAAUGUUUUAACCUAUUUAAUCCAAUGUUUCACUGAGAAUACUUAUGGUAAGCUUACAGAGACUAGAAGAAGCCAUAUAAAUCUGCAUGCAUGUUUAGUUUGCGAGCCUCCUUAAAGUUCAACUCCCACUUGAUUUGUUUCCCAAUUUGAAGCUGCCGAUAGCCAAAAUGUAACAGUAUGGGAAGUUUUAAAGUAAAGGGCUUUGAGCAAAAGAACUUUCAGACAAGAACAGACUCAAGAGUCCUGAUACGGUAUAAAAAGUGUACUUUUACUUAUAUAUUGCACAUUGUCACUAAUGUCAGAGCGUAUUAGAAAUUCAAGGAAUUUGAAGAGCGAUAGUGAUCCUUUUCUCCCUAAAUGUCUCGUAUAUUCUAUCUGGCAAACAACUCGUUUAUAGAUGUGUUUCAAAGAUAUAUCACUGGACCUGACUGAGUUAAUUGAUGAGUGAACUUUUCUGUCUUGUCCCUGUACACAAUGGACUGCUGAACCAGCAGGCUAGAGCAUGUCAUAGUAAAUAGUAAACUCAGUAUUGUUCCUUCUACAUACUUAAUUGAAUUGUCUUAAAUGUACAAUUAGUUUUAAACAUGCCGUUUUCUGCUGUUUGUUUUUCCAAUCUGUGCAUCACACAUUACUGUGGAAUUAUACACGCAUAUGAACAAAGAAGGGAUCGACUAAUGCGCAACAACAUAUUUUUGUACUGUGACCUAUUAUUUUUAUUCUCAGUUAUGUCUCCAUGUUAAAUGCUUUUUUUUUUAUUUUUGUGAAAGGGAUAAAACAAUCUGACUGGAAUGUUUCAUUUAUUUAUAUAAAAAAGCUUUGUAGACUGA